AUGGCCUUUGACCGAUAUUUAGCCAUAUGCUAUCCUCUUCGGUAUUCCACGCUUAUGAGCCCAAAAUUUUGCUUCCAUCUCGCAAUCUGGUCAUGGGCUAUUGGGUUCAUUGUGAUUCCAAGUGAAAUUUUCUUAAUAGAACAACUUGAAUUCUGCACCACUGAUAAAAUUGACCAUAUCUUCUGCGACCUUGGCCCCAUCUUGGAAAUAUCCUCCACCGAUACAUCCAAAGUGGCUUUAGUAGACUUUGUGAUUUCCAUCAUCUAUGCCAUUUUACCAUUUGUCCUUAUUAUAAUAUCCUACAUCUGUAUAUCUGUCGCCAUCAUCAAAAUCACAUCCAGCAAUGGGCGGAGGAAAGCAUUUUCUGCGUGUAGGUCCCAUCUCGCCCUGGUGUGCGCGUAUUAUGGGCCGUUAUUAGUCAUAUAUAUAUUCCCCAUUGGGGAAAAUACACCAAAUGAAAAGAAAGUGAACUCUCUGGUAUAUAUGGCCUUCACACCAUUGAUGAACCCUGUGCUUCACAGCAUGAGAAACCAGGAGAUCAAAAAGGCCUCACAGAUGUUAUUCUGUAAGUCAAGAGUAAAAUGA